AUGAGCAGCAGCAGCUCUCAAAAAACCAUGCAUCCAUCCUCCAUUCCUCUAUGUGGCCUUCUCCUCAUCCUCAACCUGCAGCUGUUCAGUACUUAUCCCAUCAACACGGCUUUCACUGCAACAGAUAUGGAUAUCCUAAAGGUUCUCCUUCACAAACUGGAGGAGACUGAUUCAGAGCAGACCCAGCUGGACCAGGGGGCAGCUACAGACAUAGAAAGUCUCAUCAACAUGGAGGACGAAGCAAACAAAGAACAGCUAGCAACUGGACUGGAUGAAACACAAAUCAGAAAAUUUCUUUCAGCCAAAGACCUGAAGAGCCUUCGUAAUGACUCGUCCAAGAGAUCAUCUAGCUGCUUCGGACGGCGAAUGGACAGGAUAGGCUCCAUGAGCUCACUGGGCUGCAACACCAUCGGAAGAUACAAUCCAAAAUAG